UGGUGUUGUGAGUCACCACUCACUACAAGUGUCCUUAUUCUCGCCCAAUUUGGUGGGAAAAAGGAGAGAAAAAAAAAAAAAAACACACACACACACAGAUGGCUUCGGGUUCCUCCAGAAGUCUAAUGGAUUUCUUCAAACCAGCGGCAGCAGUUCCGCAGCCGAAGCGUAUAAAACUGUCACCAUCGCCGGAUUCAGCUGUCUGUAAAACAGUCGUCAGCAGCGAAGAUGAUACUGAUAAUGUCAAUGCCCAUCAAAAAUCCCGCAUGGAACUCAACAGAUUGGUCGCCAAAGCCAGACUGAAUCUCAAAAUAUGUACCCAGAAAGUCACCAAAGCCAAAGAAGCUGAAUCCGAAUCAGACUACGUAAAACUGUCAGAGCUGUUAGUUGAGAGAACAUGGUUGGAGGAAGCAGCUCUUACUGGGGAGCUUCAAAAGCCCUAUGCUCUCAACCUCUGCAAAUUUCUCAAAACCGAGAUGUGUGGUGGUCCCAUUCCCAUAUACCCACCUCCUCAAUUGAUCUUCAAUGCUCUCAAUUCUACCCCUUUUGAUAAUGUCAAGGCUGUCAUUUUAGGACAGGACCCUUAUCAUGGGCCUGGCCAAGCAAUGGGCCUUUCCUUCUCUGUCCCUGAAGGAGUCAAGCUCCCUUCUAGUCUCCUCAAUAUUUUUAAGGAGUUGAACCAAGAUCUUGGCUGUGAAAUCCCCUCUCAUGGUAAUUUGCUGAAAUGGGCUGUACAGGGUGUACUGCUGCUCAAUGCUGUUCUCACAGUUAGGAAGCAUGUGGCUAACUCUCAUGCAAAGAAAGGAUGGGAGCAAUUUACUGAUGCUGUUAUUCAAUCUAUUUCACAAAAGAAGGAAGGAGUUGUUUUUCUCCUUUGGGGGAACUCAGCUCAAGCAAAAGCCAGGUUGAUUGAUGAGUCUAAGCAUCACAUUCUCAAAGCAGCACAUCCUUCUGGUUUGUCUGCUAACAGAGGCUUUUUUGGCUGCAGGCAUUUUUCUCGCACAAACCAGCUUCUGGAACAAAGGAGUAUUGCCCCCAUAGAUUGGCAACUUUGACUUCGAUGAACAGCUCCCAUCCCAACUUCAUUUUUGUGUGUUUGCUAGAAUCUCUUUUGAGAUUUACUAGCAAUUCAAGUUUAGUCUACUUUCAUAUGUAAAUAAGUUUCCCUUCUAAAGAUACUUUUAAGGAAUGUUCUGAUGCAGCUAGCACAAUUCCCCUGUGGUUUUCCAAAUAGCUCAGCACAUUUGUGUGCAGGUAUCUUUGUUCAUGCCUUGCCUAUUUCUGAAUACCAUUUGCUCUGCAAUGUUGCGAAUGAGUUCCAGCUCUCAUGGCACCCCCUAUCCAUAUUAGUGUAAGGUGGAUGAUCAGGUUGUUGGAAGUUCUGCAAUGUUAGAAAGUUCUAAUUUCAUUAA